AUGGCCGAUGCGACGCUUCCAGCAACGGUCGCUCUACCGUCGAAUGAGACAAGAGGCUACCAGCGGGAAAUGCUGGAAGAAAGCUUCAAAGAGAAUAUUAUCAUAGCGCUAGACACAGGAUCUGGCAAGACCCGUAUCGCGAUCUUACGAAUCAAGGCUGAAGUUGAACGCCAGCCCGUCAAGGUGUGCUGGUUCCUUGCCCCCACCGUCACCCUUUGCGAGCAACAAAAAACCGUCAUUACACAAGCGAUCCCCGGCGGCGUAGCCUUCAUAUCUGGCGCGUCAAAUCCUGACGACUGGAAAGGCCGAGUUCUCUGGGAAGGGCUGCUGUCCACACACAAGGUUGUUGUGUCCACGCCGCAAGUCCUGCUCAAUGCCCUGAGGCAUGGGUAUGUUUCCAUGGGCAAGGAUAUCAGCCUAAUCGUCUUCGAUGAAGCCCAUCACGCGGUUCGAGAGGAGCCAUAUAACCAAAUAAUGAGAGAAUUUUACUAA